AUGGCCGCCUCUUGUGAUACUUGUGGUUAUCGCAACUCUGAGGUAAAACCUGGUGGUUCUAUUCCUGCAAAAGGAAAGAAAAUUACAGUGUGUGUGGAGAAUGUUAAUGAUCUUAGUCGUGAUGUGAUAAAGAUAGCUAUACGACGUCGUUUUAGUGCUCUCGUUUCACAUAUCAGAUGA